AUGGCGCUGGCCUUUCACAGCUUCAACGCCCAGACCCGUGUGGCAGGGAACCGCGUCCUGGACAAGCCAUGGCAGAUGCCGGAGGGAUGGAAUGCUUCGCUCGCGGCCCUUAACACAGAGACGCGGGAUGCCAGCGGCAAGGGUAGCUUCGACACAUCCCUGGUGCUGUUGCAGCCACAUGGCCUGGAUCUGAAGCCAUCCACCUGCCAUUAUCACAGCUACCUUCAGAUGUUCAAACGGACGGAGGAACUGGUGGACAUCCUGAAAAACGAGACCGCCGACGGCAUCAGAGGCAUCAUGGGCCUCGGCGACAAAAUGUCGAAGAGCCACCUGGAGAGGUUCAAGACCUUCGAGAAGCUUCCACCCAAGCAGGCUGUCCUGGCUCUCACGGCAGAUAUGGGCGCGGAAGAGUGGGGCGAGGAGCACCGGAAGUAUGCGGAGAAACACCUGAGGAUUCUGUCAGGUCUGUACGGUGUGGUGCGGCCCUACGAUGAUGUGAAGCCGGUGCGGGACGUGCCCAUGAACGCCCGGGUCAAGACAAAGAAAGGCUUGUACUUGACGGAGUUCUGGGGCGACUCCAUUACCAAGCAGUGCGGCCCUUUGAAAGCUUGGCAGCGGCCCUCACGGUUCUCCUGGUUGCUCUGCAGGGAUCUCAAAGCCAUUUCCGAAGGCAACAAGGAGGGGCACUGCCUCCUUGUGAAGUGCACCAAUGACCAGUACUUCCAAUCUGUUCAAGCACACAACCUCCCGGAGGGCGUUACCGUGGUCGAGGUCGAGUUCGAGCAAGCGCCGGACGACGUGGCAGGAAAGGCUAGAUGUCAGUUCUCGAAGUUUGUGAUCGAGAAGAAAGUGGCGACCCCCGAGGGCUUGAAAGACUGGAAGUCCCAGGAGUGGUCGUUGGACGAAAGGCGCUGCACCAUCCAGAAGGUCUUCUAUGUUUGGAUUGGCGAUGACAAAAAGAAGAAGUCCAAGAAGGACAAGGAGAAGGACAAAGACAGGUCAGAUGCCUCUGGUGACAAGAAGAAGGCGAAAAGGAAGGCACCUGAGAAGGAGGCGCAGGACUGGUCGGAUGUGGACUCAGGCGACAUCAAGCCAAAGGGCAAGAAGAAAAAGGCAAAUGAGCCCCAGAACUUCUCGGACAUGAGCUCAGAGGAGUUUGAAGCCCGGACCAAGAAGGGCAAGAAGGCCAAGAAGGGCUCCGAGGACUCCGAUAGCGGCAAGAGGAGGAAGGUGAAGAAGAAGAGGGACGACAGCUCGGAGCCGCGUCGCAAGAAGAAGGACGACAAGAAGCGCAAAGCCCGCGCCAGCUCGGAGUGA